AUGAUGCAGCGGGAUGUGUUGGACGUAAAAGGCUCGAAGAGGUUCGUGACAGAGCAUUUCGAUGCCAUGGCUCGAAGUCUCCAGUGCCCGGGCAGUUACUGCCAGCCCGGCGUUGCGUCGACAUAUUGCGCGAGGUUGCAGCCGAAGGCACAUUGGGUCGUCAGCGGCUGGGCCCCGAAAUGCCCCUCUGAGGUCAAGCUUGGCUUCUUUGUGCACAUCACCAUUCCAAAGGACCACCGUGUCUGCUACACGCCGCGCUGCCCCACGGAACGCUGCCUCCGGCGGGUCGAGGGAGACCCUGGAAGCGCGGCCUGCGAACCGGGCGUCUGCCUGGCGGAGGACGAGCGUUGCGAGCCGACAGCGGCUUGCCGCCAGGACACCGGAGGCACCUGCGAGCUGCUCGGCUGCAGGCGGGGAACAAACAGCGACAUGAACAUGAGUUUUCGGAGGUCCGCGUGGAUUUCUAGGAUCGGUGACGGGCCUCCCCUGGCGGCGCCGCCCCUGGCGCGCUCCGCACGCUUGGGAGGGGGGGUUCAGCGGCUGAUCCGAGAAAUCCGCGCGGACCUCCGAACGUUUAUGUUUAAGGACUCAGGAUUUCGCAAUAAAAACGGGGUGGUCUGA